AUGCUUAUCCUCACACUUGACAAUCUCGCACCACGGCUUGUAUCUGCAGUCCUUCCUGGCCCACCUCUUGGCGGUGCACUUGCACGGGCAAACCUUCGGCUUCAUGCUCGGAGAAGGAGUCGCGGAAGGAGUAGUCGACGGCGUCGGAGUAGGGGUGGCGGUCGGGGUGGACGACGGCUUAGGGGGGUCACAGCAUUCCUUUCCGCGGAUGUGAUAUUUCUUGCAGGCAAGGACCUUGCACCUCUUCCUGAAGAUGUACGAACGGCACUGGCGGAUCGCCUUGCGCGCCUUGUAGCCAACGAAGCACUGGCAGGGGCAAGGCGGAAUGUACUUGGUGUGCUCCACGGCUUCAAUAUCUUCGGCAGCGAAGACCGAGGUGAGAGCGAGACCCACAAGGGCCAGGAAAAGAGCAGCCUUCAUAGUUGUGGGAUAAUUAGAUGGAUGAGAGUGGUCGGUUUUGGGCUGCGAUGGUGGUGGUGGGGUGAGAGGAAAUUUCGAGGUUUGGUGGAGCGGGGUUUAUGUAGAGAAGUACUGGAUCCCCCGUCAGCUCUGGAUCAGGCUACAUUGCUUUGA